GAGAAAAAGCAGAAAUUCAAGUAGAAAAGAAUAGACUGUCUAUCCUAGUCAUAAUUUUGUCAGCUAAAACUUAGUACAUGCUUCUUCAUUGCUUUCGGGAGGAGGUGAUAUUUAAAAGCAGGCUGCACUGCAGUCAAAUGGGAGUACAAACAACUCCAAAAGCUUUGCCUAUGUUCUCUGAAGAUCAGCAUAACAAGGGAGACCAGCUGCACUGAUUUUCAUUAGGGCCUGAUGAAUAGGACAACAGCUUGCUGUUUCGGAUGGAAAGCAAGAACCUCUUCCUAAGCCUAUUGCUCUGCUACAGUUUGCUGAGAGCUGCCGCUUCCCACAUGGUGAUUGAGGAGAAGACGGAAUGCAGCCUCUCGAAGAGCAACAAAAUGCACCUCUCGGAUCUCCCACCCAUCUCCAUAGUCGACUUAACUAAAAGAUCCCAGAAAGUCAGCAGGAAAGAGGCAGAGAACAAGAAAUCCUCCAAGAAAAAUGCUGAGCUGAAGAUAUCUCCAAAACCAAGGCCCACACCAGCUGCUAACUGUGUGCCAAACUUCAAAACCUGCAAACCGCACUCGAAUUCAUGUUGUAACUACUGUGCUUUGUGCAAAUGCCGUAUUUUUCAGACCAUCUGCCAAUGUCUAAUGUUAAACCCAAAGUGCUAAGCCAAACUGGGAACGCAAUAAGGCUUCUGUCUUUCUUAGUUUCUCAAGCAUAUAUUGCAAACUGCCCCAUGUGUAUAGCAAUGAAAGUAGAGAGCUUUGAAGCUGGAGGCUUGGAUUUGCCCCUCUUAAAACCAAACAAACAAUGGCAAAUUUUUUUCAUGGGGUUAAUGCUACCAUAGAUAGGAAGUUUUUUCAGGGAGCAGACAAGCAAGGAGAUGGACAUUGAAGAGGAAUUUUCAGCAAAACUGACCUGCAUUUUAAGAAGAAUUCUUGGUUCCUGUUGGUUUGGGGGUUUCUUGUUUGAUUGGGAUUUUGGGUGUUUGUUUUUGUGGGUUUUUUAAGGAUUGCAUUAACCACAGACUGCAGCAUUGCCUAACCAGCACUAAAAAACCUGUGCCAAUGGCACGCAAACAGCCUCACUAGAGCAGUGAAGUGAAGGACACGAGCCUGGGUUUGCCACAGGGACCACACAGCACCAGCUCCCAGCACCAGCUCCCAGCACCGCCAAAACAUCACACUGAAAACGCAGGCUUCAGGUUAACUGGCUUCCCACAGGAACACGGAUUCAGGACUUUGAGGAAGAAAGGAAAGAUCAGCAAAAAAUGAAUGUGUAUCCCACAUGUACUCUUGAAGAAGGCCAUUACAAUCAGUCUGUCUUUCCCCGCCCAUUCUUACUACGGGCAACUCCCAGCACCUACCCCAAGCAUGAAUCCAGCUGGCAGCCUCCAUGUGCUGCAUGCAACCCAUGCCCAGAGGGAGCAAAAAACUUACCGAACGCCAUACCAAUCCUCCAAGGCUCAUAAACAGCUCUAGAGGUACAGGUGAAGCAAACAGGUGUCUAGAAGACAUCUUUCUCUUGUUCUUGAAGCUCUUUGCCUUACCCUUGAGAUACCCGAGAUGGCACAGGAAGGAACCUGUGGUUACACUGCCAGCAGCGGGGUGCGUGCUCACGGGGGAGCCGGGGGGAGCAGACCCAGAAGCUGUCCCCAACAUCGAAGACUCUUCAUCUGCCAAACUCCAGCUUUUACUUCUUACCUCCUCUGCUCUGUAUCCACAAUGUUCCUUGCCCCCAUCUUCUACACUUUUUUCUUCUGUGGGCCUUUCUUGGUUUUAGUAUUUUCCCUUCAUCCCACUGCUAUUGCCAGUGUCCACAGGAGCCGCGUGCACCCCCAGGGCUAAAACUGCAUCCUCCAUGUUCACUCCACCUGCCAACCAGAUGGCUGCACCCAUGUCCACACCAAAGAUCUUCAGCUUUCACAAUCAGAUAUUUUCUAACCAUUAAUUUUCUAAUCCCAAUCCUGAAUUUUCUAAUGCUCUCUGCAUGUCUAAUUGAGAAGAAAAUUCUUUACUGAUUUAUUUCUAAACAUGGCUGAAGGCUAUAAAAAUCUUCUAGGCAGGCAGGCAAAGAUGACACAGAUGACACUCCAAAAAGGCUCAAGCCAGAUGAAGGUUUUUUUCUUCUAAUAAUAAUCAGCCCAAACCUCAGAGCUCAAAACAUAGCUCAAACUUUGACAGAAAUGUUUGUUCAUCUUAGAGAUGUAUACAGAUGACAGAUUAAUCUACAAAAGGGCCCAAAUAAGGACAGGAUGUCAUUGUGUUACUCAUCUUUUAUAAAAUACAUCAGUUGUCAGAUAUGAUGCAAGCUUGCAUUCUUUUAAACGUAUAUGUCUUUUAAUCAGAUAUCCUGGCUCAGGAACCUGUGAGCCAUUCCAUUAUGAUAAAAAGAGGAUGAGAAGGGAAAAUGAUACAUUACAAUGGGCUUAGGAAACAGAAUUGGGCCGCUUCUUUUACUAGGUGAAGACUUAGGUUCCCAUCAAGUUGUUUCCAAACUCUUGUAACUAUGAGAAGUUGUUGUUGGUUCAUACUAAAAUCAUAUCAAUAAUCACACAACAACAACUCAUAUGGAAAAAAUACCAUUUUCUUACCAACUGAUGAGAAAUUUAUAUUUUACCAGGGUGGAGGGGAGCAGAAGGAGAAGAAAGGGAAGGAAGGAGAGCCAGAAAUCAAAGAGACAGCUGUUCUCUAGACAGCAGCUCCCACUCCAGCUUUGCAGAAUCCCAGAAUUGUUGAGGCUGGCAGGAACUCUGAAAGUCAUCUGGUCCAACCCCUGCUCAAGCAGGGCCACCCAGGGCUGCUUGCCCAGGGCCACGUCCAGACAGCUUUGGAAUACCUCCGAGGAGGAGCCCCCCAGCCUCCCCAGGCAGCCUGUGACAGUGCUCAGUCACCCUCACUAUUAAAAAAAAGUUUCCCAAUGUUUGACUCUCUCCAGCGUGUCCACGUCUCUUCUGCUGGGGAGCCCCAAACUGGACACAGCACUCCAGGUGCAGCCUCACCAGCGGUGAGCAGCGGGGAAGGAUCAUCUCCCUGACCCGCUGGCAAGAGUCUUCCUGUCGCAGCCAGACACCGCCUGCGGUCGCGUUCAGCUGGUGUCGCCAGGAGCCCCAGGUCCCUCCCCGCCAAGCUGCCUCCCGGCCAGGGGACGGGGGUCACUCCUGCCCAGGUGCAGGGCUGCGUCCUCUCCUCCUCGAGCUGCCGGAGGGUCCUGCCGGACUUUCUCCAGACCCUCACAGCCCCGGCCGGCGGCACGUCCCUCUGGCGCGUCGGCCGCUCCUCGCGGUUGUGUGUCACCUGCAGGUGCUGAGGGCAUGCUCCCCCUCGUCACCCAGGGCAUUAAUGAAGACGUGGCCACAGCUCGGGGCUGCCGGCUGGGAGGGGAAGGGCCGAGCCCACAGCGAGGAGCUGGGGGCGGGGGGCGGGGAAGGCAGAGCCACCGAGCACCGAGCACCGGGUGCUGCAUGGCCGCAAUGAGGGAAAGGGAAAGAUCCUUUCACACGACAAUGAGGGUAUUUGCUUUUCAACACAUAUGCACAUACUUUUUGGUAUAGCAUUUAUAUGUAGUGCAUUUUGAGUAAUUUGGUUUAUUAAUAAGCCUUCUACGUAACUGGAAUUUAUUAGAAAGGAGUUAUGCUUUCUUUGCCAUUUAUCUAUCACACCAAAGAAUAUAUAUAAUCACAUACUCUGAAAUGGUUAUUAGCCUUAACAACUUUACUUUUCUGGGUAAUGAUCAUGUUGCUUGAGGUUUUUUUAAGAUACAGAAAUCAGUAAAACAUGUACACCUAA